AUGGUGCGCAGUGGUCACUACAAGCCAGAGUCCUUUCCCAAGAUCCUGGGCGGCGACGUGGCGGGAGUUGUGGAGGAGGGCGACGAGGGCGGCAAGUUCAAGCCAGGUGACAAGGUGUUUGCACUCCACCCUGGGUACUUCAACGCCACCCCUGCGGGCACAUAUGCUGAAUACGUUGUAGCAGAGGCCGACUGGCUGGCGAAGGUGCCCGACAACCUGCCACUGGAGAAGGCGGCGGGCGUCCCGCUCGUUGCGCUGACUGGCUGGCAGGCUCUACAGCAGGCCAACCCCAAGGCGGGGCAGCGUGUGCUGGUGACGGCGGCUGCCGGCGGCGUGGGGCACAUCACGGUGCAGCUGGCUAAGGUUCUGGGGCUGUUUGUGGUGGGUAUCGCCGGCCCCAACAACAUCGACUUUGUCAAGAGCCUGGGCGCAGAUGAGGUGGUCGACUACACCACCCAGGAUAUUGCUGAUCUAUACAGCGCUCCUGACAAGCAGUUUGACAUCGCCAUCGACACCAUGGGCACACGCAGCGAGCUGCUGCAAAAGUUGCUCUCUGUCACCAAGCCCACCGGCCACUACUCCCACAUCCUAAACGGCGGCACUGACAACGUCGCACUCGAUGCGGCUAAGGCGGCGCACAAGGCCAGCAAGGGGCCGGCCGUUGGCAAUACUCUGGUGCAGCCAAACGGUGCACAGCUGCAGGAGAUUGCCAACCUGAUUGCUGCUGGUAAGGUGAAGCUGGAAGUGGCCCUCAGCCUGCCACUGGCGGAGGUUGCCGAGGCGCACGACCAGGUUGCGACCGGGCACACGCGCGGCAAGGUGGUCCUGACGGUGUGA